AUGGAUAUUCACAAACCUGUUGAUGGGGGAAGCACUACCAAGGAAAAGGGAGCUGAUUUACCUGCACCAGCUGCAGCUGCAACUGCACCCAAACUUGAGCUGAAGCCACUUCCCGAGCAUUUGAGAUGGGUGGAGGCGAUCCCAACUGUCACUAAUGAUUCUAAGGCGGAGUUGGCCAAUCGAGAGAUCAAGCAAAUUUUGGAGAAGAGCAUCGCAAACAGGAAAGAUUGGGCAAAACAUUUGGAUGAUGCUCUUUGGGUGUAUCGCACUGCCUACAAGACUCCAAUUGGUAUGUCUCUCUAUCAACUUGUUUUUAGCAAAUCUUGUCAUUUACCUGAUGAGAUUGAGCACAAGGCAUAUUGGGCGACGAGGAGAAUCAAUUUGAAGUUUAAGGAGGCCGGUCAUACAAGGCGAGAUUUGUUGACGGAGUUGGAUAAGUGGAUGAAUGAAGCUUAUGAGAGUUCUCGAAUCUACAAGGAAAGAGCAAAGAAGUUCCAUGAUUUGAGCAUCCGCACAAAAGAAUUCAAGCCGGGACAUGAGGUACUCUUGUAUGAUUCUAAGCUUCGGUUAUUUCCUGGCAAGCUGCAGUCUAGAUGGAGAGGUCCAUAUGUGGUUCACAAGAGCAAUCGGAAUGGGACUUAUGAGUUGCUUGCGUCGAAUGGGUCCACUUUUACUGUUAAUGGCCAUCGCCUUAAACCGUACUUCAAAGCAGAGUUGGUGGAAGUGGUCAAUUUCGUUGAUCCAUAA